ACCGGUAGCGUCUAUCGAUCAAAGUAUCAUCAAGUCAUAGGUUAGCGUAUCUGGGCGAAGGGAGAAAGAAUAUCGACCGAAGACAUGGCGGCGACGGCGUUCAGGCGACUGCUGCUACGCGGGCUUCAGGCCAGCCGCGGCGCGGCAGCACCCGCUCCUCGCGGUUUAUCUACCAGGACAUACACCGGAGGCAGCCACGUUCUUCAGGGUCACCGGCCGCCGGUCCGAUUGCCGCAUCUCGGCGUCGCCGACCCGCCGUAUCUUGGUCAGGCGGACGAGUUUGUGGAGGCGAUAAAAAGGAGCCGGAGCGUCGAUUGGAAGCAUUUCAAGGGAGUGGUGGCGGGCGGUAUGAUCUUGAUAGCGGCGCCCUGGAUUCUCGUCUGGCCCUUUAGGGCUCACAUAUUCCGGACAAAAGACCCUUCGUGCGAGUCCAAUAGAGAUUUUUAGGGUACGAUUCAUCAGAUCUACAGUUGCUUAGCUGGGUAUUGUAGGCAUCUUACAUUGACUUUUUUUUCUACCAUGAUAAAUUGGUAUGUAAUUUCAAUUUUCAAAUUCUUAAUUCGUCAUCCUCCCACCAUUCUUUAUACAAGACUACUAUUGAAAAUAAAAUUUGCAUCUUGUAAUGACUA